CUAAAUAUGCGUGCCUAAUAUUGACGAGCUCUACCAUGCAAAGUCAACGUCCUUGUCUUCUCCUCAAACUCUCUUCAUCUCAAGCUUCCAACCAUUGCUAGCUUCCACACUACUUCAUUGCAUCUCCAUUGAUAAACACUUGUUCAAUGGCCACCGGAAUCUUAUCAUCCAUCAUUAACUUGACCGAAAAGUUGGCCACGCCACUCCGGCGCUACCUCACUGCUUCAUCAUCUUCUCUCCAACCUCCGAGCAUCGUCGAAGCCGAUCUUGUUGAGCUGAAGAGAACAUUAACAAAGAUAGAGGCUGUGCUUGGUGAUGCUGAGAAGCGAGAAGUGAAGGAUGAGUCUGUGAAACUAUGGCUGAAAGAGCUUAGAGAUGUCGCCUUUGCCGCCGAAGACUUGCUGGAUGAGUUCGAGUACGAGCUUUUGCGUAUUGGUGUUGAGGCUAAAGCUCACAAGAGAAACACUCAUAAGAGAAAGCAAGAUGAUGUUACUAGUCCUCUUGUUUUAAUCCUACCUUCUCCGUUAGAUGAGCCUUCUUUUCGAGAUCGAGUUGCGACGACGGUGAAGGAGAUCAAUGCAAGACUGGAUGAGAUAGCAAAAGAGAAAGAAGCACUGCAUCUAAGAGAAGAAGAUGCUUCUCAUCGAGUUGAAUACAAAAUGAGGCCUAUGACAAGCUCUUAUGUUGAUCAAUCUGAAGUUUAUGGCAGGGAUGAAGCUUGUAGCUUGCUUGUUGAACACUUGUUGAAGAAUGAUGGAGAUGAGAAGACUAGUGUGUCUGUGAUUCCUAUUGUAGGGAUGCCAGGAGUUGGUAAGACUACACUAACUCAACUCAUUUAUAAUCACAGUAGUGUUUGUGAGAAUUUUGAGUUGAGAGCAUGGGUUUAUGUUUCACAAGAUUUUCAUGUUGCGAGGCUUGUCAAAGUUCUGAUUGAGUCCAUUACCAAGAGUUUGUGCAGUGUUGAUGAAUUAGAUGAGCUUCAGGAUUGUUUGAAAAGUUUGUUGCAGGAGAAGAGGUUCUUGAUUGUCUUGGAUGAUGUUUGGAAUGAAGAGCAGAUUCUUUGGGAGAGAUUGAGUUCACUGCUGUGUUCCGGUGUCGGAGGAUGUAGAGUCAUUGUAACUACUCGGAAUGAGAGUGUUGCGAAGAUUGUGCAGGCAAACAUGCCGGUUUGUCGAUUGAAUUGCUUAUCUGAUGAAGAUUGCUGGAAGAUUUUCCGGCAACAAGCUUUCGGUGGUGGAGAGGUUGAUCUGGAUGCUUUUCCAGCAGGCCUGGUGGAGACAGGCAAGAUGAUUGCUGAUAAGUGCAAAGGAUUGCCUUUGGCUGCAAAGGUACUUGGAGGUCUCUUAAGAUGUGAAACAGAUCAAGAAGUUUGGACUGAUGUUCUGGAGAGUGAUUUAUGGGACAUUGAUGAAGCUGGAGAUGAGAUUUUGCCUGCUGUGAAAUUGAGUUACCAGCAUCUUCCUGUUCAUUUGAAGCGUUGCUUUGUUUAUUGUUCAGUUUUUCCGAAGAAUUUCAUGUUCAAGAGAAGCCAGUUAAUUCUGCUUUGGAUGGUUCAAGGCCUGAUUAAUCAUCAAACAGAACAACAUGAAGAACCAGAGGAUGCAGGAUUUGACUACUUUGAAGACUUGAUUUCCAGGUCAUUCUUUCAGAAAGCCGAAAUAGAAAUCGGCGAAGAACACAUGUUCAUGAUGCAUGAUCUAGUUCAUGAUCUUGCACGGAAUUUAUCUAGCGGAGAGUGCCACACAACUGAAUUCACAAACCUGAGCAGUGUCUCUGCAAUAGUUAGACAUGCAUCGGUGUCUUCAUACAGCUCUCAGAAUAUAAUACAAUUUCAAUCUGCUGAAAAACCGACGGCAUUGCGCUCACUGCUGGUCGUGCACAGGCUCAUUAAUCAAUGGGGUGGAGUUGGAAUUUGGUUGGAUAAAGAUUUCUUGCAUGUCAAGAUACAGAACGAUGUUUUUGCAUGCUUGAAAUGUUUACGUGCAUUGGAUUUGAGCUGCACUGACAUUAAAGCAUUACCGGAUUCGAUUGUUGGUCUGAAACUGCUCCGGUAUCUCAGUCUCAGAAAUACUAAAAUUCAGAAACUCCCGGAAUCAGUAUGCAAACUGUACAAUCUUCAAACACUUGAUCUAGAUUACUGCAGAAGACUUAAAGAGCUCCCCAAAGGAAUUGGAAACUUGCUAAAUCUCCGUCAUGUUGAUUUACCGACAAUGGAUAGUUCAUUUAUCUGCAUUCCAUCCGGCAUUGCAAGCUUAACCGGUCUACAAGAGCUGGCCGCAUUUAACGUCGGCACAGACAGUAGUCACUGUUCCAUUGGAGAACUCAAGCACCUGAUAAACCUCAGCGGAGAUCUCUACAUCUCUGGGCUAAGGAAUGUUGCCCGGGGAUGGGAUGCGAAGGAAGCCAACAUGGAGAGCAAGAAGAACAUCCAAAGAUUAACUCUAGAUUGGUAUGUUCACCAAUCGAACUACAAAUGUAGCCACAACUUGAACAUCUCAGCAUCUAAGAGCAAAUCCGAUAAUGGAAUAGCACUGCCAUGGACACAAGUUGAGGAAGAAGAAGCCGUGCUCAAAAAUCUUCGACCAAAUAAAGACCUCGUCGUGUUGGACAUACGACAAUAUGGCGGUACGAACUUCCCACAUUGGCUAGGAGAUCCAUCCUUUGCCAAGCUAGUCACAGUGAGGCUAUUUCAGUGCAACCAAUGCAAAGUACUCCCUUCCUUGGGUGAUCUACAGUCUCUCAAGAAUCUUAUGAUCGAAGGUAUGGAAAGUUUACAGUCUAUUGGCCCGGAGUUUUCAGGCACAAAGAGUUUUCCUGCAUUGGAGACACUAAAAUUUACUUGGAUUCCUGAAUUGGAGGAGUGGAGUGAAGCUGUGUUUCCUCAACUAACAGAGCUAGACAUUAUGACGUGCCACAAACUGAAGAAAGUACCUAAAUGUCUUGCACCAGCGUUGAAGAAAUUGGAUAUUUCUGAAUGUGAGAAAGUCACAGAACUCCCAGCAUCAGAAUCACUUGCCAGUUUAAGCAUUGCUGGCGAAUUCCAGGUGGAAAUUUGGACAUACAUUGCCAGUCUCACUCAGCUGAAUUCAUUGGAAAUCAGUUUCUGCAAUAGCUUGACAUGCCUGCCUUUGCACAAUAUGCCUUCACUUAGUUCAUUAAAGAUUGAAUCUUGUUCUGAGCUAGUGUCAAUUGAUUGCCACAGUUGUUCAAGAACUGUUUCUGCUGCUGAUGUUGCCUCAUCAUCUUCAUCAUCUUCUGCAUUGGUUAAGGAUGACACUGGAUUGCAUAAUUUAGUAUCACUCGAGAAGCUGAAGUUAGAGGAAUGUCCAAAGCUAAGGUUCUCAGAAGACGAGCAGCUGCCUUCGACACUGAAAUCGAUCGAAAUCUCCGGCUGUAAAUCGUUAAUGGAUUGGUGCUUAGGUGACAAAGGCCAAAGUCAGUUGCCACUUGUUCCAGAGGUCUUUAUAGCAGACUUUGAUGCUGAGGAGUUGCAAGAAAUGAUCAAGGAAGAGAUGGGAAGUGAAGAGGACAUGGAUGAAGAGGAAGUGGAUGCAGAGGACAUGGAUGAAGACUAGACAUACAAAAAUCAGUGUCACAAUUUUUUUCUUUUAAAUAUAAUAAUCGAGUUUGUAAAUUCCAGCAAUCCAUCCAUCGUUAAAGUUAGUUUACAUGUCAGGAACCGUGGGCUAGUUCAACAGUAACUAUCUGUGAUUGUGAUUAAGAGGUCUUGAGUUUGAACCUCUUAAAUUACAAUUCAUGUUUAGGGUCCCCUGUGGAAGUUCUAUAUAAAGAUUAUCUCUCAUUCUCCUCUCCA